AUGAUUACCGUACCGGUUGUCGAAACGUCAGUCACUAUCAACAACAGUCCCAUUAAGGACUACACUCACCCGGACAAUCAUAUUCCACCUACUUACGAAAUGACUCCUGGGGUCAAACCAUUCACUGUAUAUGCUACCAAUUUAGCUAUCUCACUCAUUAAGUCGCUAGAAAAUGUUCUGCUACCUAACUGUUUAUAUACUAUAGAAAGGAGAGAAAUAGAGGAAGAGGACAAUGCGGUAAAGAAAUUGAUGGAUACGAUAAAAGAGGGACCACUUGAAAAAAUCGAGAAGCAAGUCACACCAAAGAGGCUGCUCAUGUGUGGUUCUAAAACCUUAGAGAUAUCAAUGAAGGUACGCCGUAAUUCCAAAAGUUACGUUUAUUGUUUUGGUUUAACUCUAGUAAUGUCAGGGGGGAUGGAAAGGUAGGGUACGCGAUUUAGCGGACUCAGAUGUAAGCUGGAUGACGUUAUAAUCACUAAUUAUGCAAUAUAGAUCAUACGAAACAUACGAACCCCUACUUGGAAACGAACCAGACAGUAUUCACUAUAAAAAGUAGUUUUUUGGAAGCACAUCUUUAAAGACGUUGUGAAAUUCUGAAUCCUUGUAAAAAAAAACAGUGACACCCUUCAUUCUUUUUUUGUCUGAAUUUGCACAAAGAGGCUGUUUAUCUUAAGUCCUUCUGUCUAGGCGGUUUUUACAAUAUCGUUUGUCACUAUCAUCAUGUUUUUCUUCAGGUUUUCACAAAAAUUCGAAUAGGAAGCGAUUUCUUCAAACAUUUGAUUAUAAGCAGUUCUGUUCGUAACAUUUCGUUAGGUGUUGACGAUUAA